CCAAGGUUCCAGCUGCAGUCACCAAGACAUGGUCUCCCAGCCUACGACACUCCUGAGGUGUUUGGGCUGCACCCAAACGCAGACAUAACCUUUCAGAGUAAACUGGCUAAGGACGUACUGGAUACCAUCCUCAGCAUUCAGCCAAAAGACAGCUCAUCAGGCGGAGGAGAAACCAGAGAAUCUGUAGUAUCCAGGCUGGCUGACGACAUGCUGGAAAAACUGCCUCCUGACUACGUACCUUUUGAAGUGAGAGAGCGUCUUCAGAAGAUGGGUCCUUUCCAGCCUAUGAACAUCUUUCUGCGUCAGGAGGUCGAUCGGAUGCAGAGGAUCAUAGUUCUUGUCCGAAACACCUUGACAGACCUGAAGCUGGCUAUUGAUGGAACCAUCAUCAUGAGUGAGAACCUGCGGGAUGCCUUGGACUGCAUGUACGAUGCACGAAUUCCUGCACGCUGGAAGAAGUCAUCGUGGGCCUCCAGCACCCUGGGGUUCUGGUUCACGGAGCUGCUUGAGCGGAACCGUCAGUUCCAGGCCUGGAUCUUUGAAGGGAGACCCAACUGCUUCUGGAUGACAGGUUUCUUCAACCCGCAGGGCUUCCUGACAGCCAUGAGACAGGAGAUCACUCGGGCGAACAAGGGUUGGGCCCUGGACCGCAUGGUGCUGUGCAACGAGGUGACGAAGUGGAUGAAGGAUGACAUCAACCAGCCGCCCACAGAGGGAGUGUACGUCUAUGGUCUUUACCUGGAGGGAGCUGGCUGGGACCGCCGCAACUGCAAACUUAUUGACUCCAAACCCAAAGUUCUCUUUGAGAUGAUGCCGGUGAUCAGGAUGUAUGCUGAGAAUAAUGGUGUAAAAGACUCCCGCCUCUAUUCCUGUCCAAUCUACAAGAAGCCCACCAGGACAGACGUAAACUACAUCGCAGCUGUAGACCUGAAAACCUCCCUUCCUCCAGAAUACUGGAUCCUGCGUGGAGUGGCGCUCCUUUGUGACGUCAAAUGACUGUUUCAUAAUGAACACUGACACAUACAGCCGUUAUUCAUUUUCCCUCAGUUAUAGGGAUGGUUAAGUGUGCAGGAUUAAAAAGCUCUCAAGGUUAAAUCUAUUUUUAGCAUCAUUUCUGUAUGAGGGAAAUAUGCAGCUCCAUAGUAAAGAAACAAACAAAGUGACUAACAAAUUUUUACAGUCAGUGUCAGGAAUUGUGGAUAGAAACUGGGUUUUUCUGUGCAGUCAGGCCAAGGUCAGACCCAGAAUUAGCACGUUCAAAAACAUCAUGUCAGUGUUUUUUGUUUUUGCUUGAGGUCAACAGAAGCAUAGACGUCUGUAGUGUGGCUGCUAAAGGUCCUGUGUAAAUGUUCGAAUACUCUGGUAUGAAGCCCCCUGUCUCUUUGGGUUUCCUCUUUUCAUUCAGACUAGUUGGACCAAAAUGAUCUGUUUUUGAAAUAAUUUACACCCUAAAGUCCAGACAUAUCGUAGCCAUCUGCAUGCUCACCCAGUGUCAAGUCUGUACAGUAUUCUAAAGGUAAACCAAAGACCUUUAUUCUAGUUAUGAUGUAUGUAUUAUAGUGACAUCGUCAGCUCAUUUGAUUACUCACACAGUCCAGUUUCAUUUGACGAAUAAUAUCAGUUCAGCACGUACUGUACGGCUUUUCAUUACAAAUCCUGACAUGUUAAUGAACUGAGCUUGUCAUAUUCGAAGAAUCCUGAGGGUAAAUAAAGGCACUGUAGCACUGAAAUACAUAGAAAUUUUAAUUACGUUUUUACAAAAAACAACUUGCAUCAUCAAAACAUCAAAACACUUUUUUGGUAGUAUUUUCUUUUCUUACAAAACCACCAUAUCAUAUGUGAUCUAAAGCUACCCUGUACACAGGUCAGGCAUGGAUUUCCCAAGAAAGUCUUAAAUGUUUGUAGUUUUUUAAUUGAACCUGUUUUGUAAAUCUUUGUGGCUCACGGGGCCAGGUGCAUAUAAAACUGUACCCACAAA